UCGCUCGCUGCAACAUACACCACCCUUCAUUUACUAUUCAGCGCUGUGAAUUUUUAACUUAGCGAACGACCGAAGAUCGAGGUACUUAAAAUAUUAUUAAAAUCGACUUGUAUCCAAAGAGACUGGUCAUAGUGCACAUUAUCAUUACGAGCUCAGAGCAUACACAUAUAAAACGAAUUGUCAUACCUAGUUUUUUCGAGUGAUUUCACAAGUUCGCUAAAAUGGGUGCUAAAGAGAGCGUGGAAGCUGCUAAAUUUUCAGCGCAUAAUUGGAACAAUCUUGAGCAUGGCGUCGUGAAACAUUCAUACAGACACGGAACGCAGAGGUCCCAAAGUCUCAACCGCGCACACUCUUUAUCUCGCACCGAUGGAACCUGGUGACAUCACGGGACCGCGGGCAGCAUAGUGCAGUGCGCCGAGUGUGGCUCGCGCGGGAUGGGCAAUAAGCUCUCAUCUUGUUCUUGCGCGCCCAUACUGCGCAAGGCGUACCGCUAUGAAGACAGCCCGUGGCAGAACUCUCGCCGCCGUGAUGGUCACUUAUUGAGAUUAUGGGCUGAAGUAUUCCAUGUGUCAGCUAGUGGCGCUGGUACAGUGAAAUGGCAGCAGGUAUCCGAAGAUCUGGUACCGGUCAAUAUCACAUGCAUUCAAGAUUCUCCGGAAUGCGUAUUUCAUAUCACGGCGUACAAUUCUCAAGUUGAUAAAAUACUAGAUGUGAGACUACUUCAACCAGGUACUCGUAUUGGUCAAGCCUCGGAAUGUUUUGUGUACUGGAAGGAUCCAAUGACUAACGACACUUGGGGACUAAAUUUUACUUCCCCAAUAGAUGCCAAACAAUUUAGAGAGUGUUGUUCCCCAUCUUUCAAAUUUUCCCGCAAAGCUUCGUCGAGUUAUAGUUUAAAAUUGGAACCUCCUGGAAGUAAGCAAAAGUUUAAGGCUAAAAGGAAACCCGUGUCUACACCAGCAAGUCCUAAUCGAUCUAGCUUAACCUAUGGCCGUGAAGCACAAUGUACUUGUAUGACUCAAGAACAAUAUGCUCGAUUAAGAGCUCAAGACCCAAGAUACAGGUCAUCAACUCUGCCAAGAACUACAACUCGCGCUAUAGAAACAGAGGCCGCUGCGGCCGCCGCUACUAAUGCAGCCCGUUCUGACAAAGUCGCUGCUGCCACAUCUUCCACUUCCUUGUACGACAAUGUCACAAAUUCACAGGCCACACAUCAACCGCCACCGAAACCGGUCGCGCGUCAAUCGGAAUCUCAGCCACCAUCGAGACCUCCGAAAUCUCAGGAGACAUCUACAAUGACAACUAAUACUUCUACUGCGCCCAAAACCGUAACCGCAUCUGUUGGCACACAUGGAACUAAUACUUCUGAGGAAUCACAAGCAACAGCGGGUUCGACUCAACAUGGUCAAGAUUUAAAGUCUGAAGGUGUGCAGGCUGGAGGAACCCUUACCUCAUCCAAAUCUUCUGCAACUUCGACUCGCUCUGGGAAGGAAUGUUCCUUGCAGCACAUGCCAAAGAGCAUCGACUAUGGUGACGGGAAUGAAUCGUCCCGUGAGUCAGAGCGUCAUGCCGCGCAUCAUCACAACCACAACGUGGUUAAUAACAACACGUCUGGUUCGCGUCGUACAAAAUCGAAGAGCACUGAGGAUAUGAAUAUGGAUUCGAGUACACUAAAGCGCAUGCUGAAGCCGAUGCCGUCGACGGAGAGUCCGGUGACCUCUCCCGAGAUGGGUCGGCGGCGGUACGGGGGCGCGGGCCCGUGUCCACCGGCGUGCGGCGCGCACGGACACCGCCCGCCGCACCUGCACCACGGACACUACGCGCACGUCGUGAACAACAAUAGCCGCCAGAGUUCACAGAGACGCGGCGUGGGCGUGGGCGCCGCUCCGAGCGGGUACCCGGGGCGCGGACUGUACCUCGAGCUGGGCGGCGGAGAGCGCGACCUCUCCCCGCCCUCCGACAACGUCAUGUUCGAUAACCAGUGCUACGCCACCACGCCGUCUUCCUCCAACGGCAACUCCGACCAGGAGCCGUGUCAACGUCGGGACCCCAGGCAACAUCAUCAUCCGAAGCCGUGCCUCAGUCGCCAGGCGUCGCAGUCGAGCGCGACGCCCGCGCCCGGCUCGCCCACCUCGCGCCUCUUGCUCGAGUACGAGAUGCAUCUCCGCAACACCCUCGCCAAGGGCAUGGACGCCGAGAGCUACAGUCUGCACACGUUCGAGGCCUUGUUGAGCCAGAGCAUGGAGGACUUAGAAAUGAAUGACAAAAUGCCGUCUUCGAACCAACGCAGUCCAUACCCCUCACGUCGACGGCCGACCCAAGAAUCCAUUCUACAAUCUUUGAGACACCUCAAGGAAGCUGCAAUAAGGGAGCGAGGUCCAUCGUCACAAUGUUCUGGGGGCGGCAGUCGGUCGUCGACCCUGCCCCUCCCGCACCGGCUCGGGGUCGAACGUCAGCACAGCGCCCGCUCCGAUCGCGACGGAUACUACAGCCCGCGGGCGCCUGAUGGAAUCCCGGAAAUGCCAGAGUUAGAGCACCACAUCGAUCGCAAUGAACUCAUGCGCGAGAGGGAGCGUGAGCGCGACAGGGGAUACCUCAGUGACCACAAUACGAGGGACAGAGUGCGGGAUCGUGAUCAAGGGUACCUCAGCGACCAUCAAUCUAGCUUCGUGAGUACAUCUCGGUGCGCGUCGUGUAUUGGCGAGUCGGCCCGCGCGGCCUGGUAUAGACACUCGGACGGCUGGCGCGGCGCUGCACCGCCGGGCCCCCGCCGCUCGCCCUGGGACUCACUGCCCAGUCUCCGACACGAGGGCAGUCUCAACGACUCCGGCUAUAGGAGCAACAGAGCGGACAGCUUCGAACAAAGGGGUGUGUUUGAUCGGCAAGACAGUGUGCGCUCCGAAUACACAAGUGACCGGGAGUCUUCGCGCUACGGGAUCGUGCAACAAGCUUCCAUCGACAGUACCGACUCUAGGAUCUGCUACUUGACAUCGAGCGAGAUAUCUGAUGAUGAUCGAAUGUCAUUGACGACGGCGGUGUCGGAUGAAGAAGAUCCUGGUGAAAGCGCAAUGAAUUCUCCUUACAAAGGCAAGCAGACUGGUGCAGCCGCAGCAUCUUUCAACUGCACCGGCGCAGUCAGGAAGGCAGGAUUCCUAAGCGUUAAGAAAUGGCUUCUUCGUAAAAAACAUCAGAUAGAGCUAGCACGCAAACGUGGUUGGAAGGGUUACUGGGUGUGCCUCAAAGGCACUACUUUACUCUUUUACCCGUGUGAUUCGCGAGAAGGACGAUCAGUAGAGGCUGCUCCUAAGCAUCUCAUAAUAGUCGACGGCGCCAUUAUGCAGCCCAUACCAGAACAUCCGAAGCGAGAUUAUAUAUUUUGUCUCAGUACUGCUUUUGGAGACGCAUACUUAUUCCAAGCUCCGUGCCAAAUUGAGCUCGAAAACUGGGUGAAUAGUAUACACAGUGCUUGCGCCGCGGCUUUCGCUCGUCACCGCGGCAAAACCGGCACCCUCCAUUUACUGCAGGAAGAAAUUUACCGUCUCGAGAAAGCCAUUGAAUCUGUAAGUAAUAAGGAUCACAAAUUGAAGCACAUGGCAGACCUACAGCAGUCUGUUGUUUCGGAUCCGGAAACUCGAGAUCAACUAGCAGCCCAGAUGCUUCAGUGGGAUGAAAAUCUUGAACGCUUACACUGCGAGCAGUUCCGUCUACGCUGCUAUAUGGCGAGCCUCCAGAGCGGUGAACUACCCAAUCCAAAGUCCCUGUUGACGCACGUGUCCCGCGGCACGAAGAGCACGCUGAACAAGCUGGGCGUGUUCACGGUGUCGUCCUUCCACGCGUUCAUCUGCGCGCGCUCGCCGUCGCUUCUCAACAACCUGCUGGCGGGCCGCGGCGCUACCAAGCGGCGCCCGCCCAACCUCUCGCGCUCCAAUUCGGCCUCCAGCAGGCGCUCCAUGCAGAUGUCCCGCGAGGAUGGGGAGGCGGCCGUGCGUGUGUCGCUCCCGGAGGGCACGACCGCGACGGUGGGGGUCCGCGAGGGCAUGUCGGUCGAGGAGUUCCUGGCCGCGGCCUGCGUCCGCCGCUCGCUCAACCCUCUGGAACAUUUCGUGAGGGUCAAGAAACGACGCGACAUGGAGGAUCACAACUACUUUGUGCCGCACAGAAGCGAUCUCAUAGAAACUUACCUGCACACACACGAAGUUGUCGAAGUUUGUGCUAAAAUCCUGUACCAAGUAGAGCUGCAACGUAAUACUCUCGAGCAAAUGUGGGGCUUCAGUGUUGAGGCAGAGCUUAUUGAGAACGCCGAACGUCAAGACGAACUGUGCUGCUACGUAAGUCGGGUCGAGGACAAGAGCGUCGCCAUGCAAAACGGUAUCAUCAAAGGCGACGAAAUAAUGGUGAUCAACGGAGCGAUCGUAUCCGACCUCGACAUGAUGUACUUGGAAAGCGUAUUGCAAGAGGAACUCUCCCUGGUCAUGAUGAUGAGGUCGUCGCGCACGGAGCCGCCGGAGGUGUCGGGCGUGCUGCGCGGCGCCACCGACGACAUCAUCGACUCGCUGGUGUGCCCCCCGCCCCCCACCGACCCGCCCGUCAUCUCCGACGACAUGAUCUCCGGACUCAUCGUACCCGCGCCUGCCUGGAGUAAGGAGUUGUACAGCCCGGAGGCAGAGGCGCACGGUGGGGACUCGGUCAACACCGGCCCGCCCAAAGUUAGCUCGCGAACUAACUCCUUCGAAAUUGAAAAUCUUUUAAAGAGCGCGGAGCAGGUGACGGGGUGGUGCCGCUCGCCCGCCGAGACGCGGCGCGGGAGUCCCACCGGGAGCGUGGCCAGCGCCGCCGCCGGGACUCCCUCGCGACACCUCUCCGACGCCGACAAGCUCAGGAAGGUGCUGCUCGAAGUGGUCGACACUGAACGUGCCUACGUCAAGCACUUGAACAACUUGCUGGAGAACUAUUUGGAGCCGCUGAAGAAGGAAACUUUUUUAUCAAAUGCCGAGAUCAAUGCUUUGUUUGGGAACAUUCAGGAGAUAGUGACUUUCCAAAGACAGUUCCUGCAGAACUUAGAGGAAGCGCUCGAGGCUGAACCUAACUUCAACCACUUUGAAUUCUCGAAUCAAUUCAAGAACGUGCUCUUCGCCGUCGGGAACGCUUUCCUUUACUACGUCAAUCAUUUCAAGUUGUACAGCUCCUUCUGCGCCAGUCACAGUAAGGCACAGAAAGUUCUUCAUCCAAAUGAGGGUAAUCAAGCUCUUCAAGAAUUUUUGUCGGCAAGGAAUCCGAAACAGCAACAUUCAUCGACGUUGGAGUCGUAUUUGAUUAAGCCGAUACAGAGAAUACUUAAGUACCCGUUGUUGUUGCAACAGCUUAGGAAUUUAACCGACGUGAACUCUGAGGAACACCUUCAUUUAGUUGAGUCUCUCAAGGGCAUGGAGAAAGUCGCAGAACACAUCAACGAGAUGCAAAGAAUCCACGAAGAGUACGGUGCUAUAUUCGAUCACUUGUUUAGGCAACAUCAAAAGUCUUGCAAACAGCCAAUCGAUCUCAGUCCCGGCGACCUGUUGUAUUACGGCGGCGUUGAAUGGCUGAAUAUAUCAGACUUUUUAGGUAAAAUAAAAAAGGGCUUAGAGCUGCAUGCGAUGUGCUUCGUGUUUAAAUCCGCCGUUGUCUUCCUCUGUAAAGAAAGACUGAGACAAAAGAAGAAAUUGAUGGGGGUUUCUUCGAAAAAUAAUUCAAACGAAGUAGAGAUAAUUAGAUACCAAGUAUUGAUUCCGGUCACCGAAGUGCAAGUGCGGGCUUCAUCCGCUAAGGACAUGGACAGUCACUUCCUCUGGGAGCUCAUUCAUCUCCGCAGCCAGCUCCAACGGCGCUCUGAGAAAGUCUACGUCCUCUCGAACAGCACUGCCGACUUCCGCAACGCCUUCUUGAAGACGAUCCGUCAGAUCAUCCGCGAGUCGGUGCGCAACAUGUCGCUGCCGAGCGCUCGGCCCGCGCCGCUCCCCCCGCGCGCCCCGCACACCCUCGACCGCCCCAAGCACCAGGUGCAUGUGAUGCAGGGAUCCCAAACUCUUGGUAAAACGAAGAAACCAAAAACCACCGGCCAACGUCUCUCGGCUGGAAACAUCGAAGUUGGAAACAUAUCUCGUGAGAAUUCCCAGGAUGCAGAAGAAACCCAAGACUCUGGCCCCGAAGAACCCUUCAGGCAGCGAAGUAAAACCAUAGGCGAUGUUGUGGAGAACGGAGGCAAGCGCGUGGCGUCGUCGGCCGCCGCGCCGGUGGAGUCCGACAAGGAGCCGGCGGGGUCGCGCUCCGAGGGCGAGGACGAACCCCCGCCGCCUCCCGUCAAACGCAGCCUAGGACGAACCCCCAACCAUCUCACGCUAAGGUACCACAUCACGACAUCGACUCUGAGCGCUGGAAGUACAGGCAGCCAGGCCAGACUCAUCCAGUCCUCCCACCAGCCGACCCAUUACCAACCCGUCAUGGUCAAGGAGCUAGGGUCGCCCGUGUGGAAACCGCGCGACGUGUUGAGCGAAGGCGCCGCGGCCAGCACGCUCCCGCGCCCGCAGCGCCCCGCCCCGCGCGCCCCUCACCUCUCCGCCAGCCGCAAGUCGCUCGCCCCCGACCACCGGCACUAGGCGCCCGCCGCCGCCACCGAUCGUUUGAACGCGGUCAGUCUCUGCAUUUUACAUCGAACUUCUAGCAUAUUUCGCGAUGGUUCCCGCGCCCCUCGUUGCUAGCGCGCUCACUGAUGACGAACGGUGAUUGUUUCGAUAAAAACAUCGUUGAGCCACGCCCAUUUGGAUUUGUCUGAUACUCAUUAUCGUGAUUAAAUAGCACUAGCUGCUGAUUCCGCACUGACAUCUCUACCUGGGCUCACUAUGGAAAAUUGAAACGCCAACAUCUAUAAUUAUCUACAAUAGGACGCAGUUUUAUAUGAAAUCAAUAAAUAUUUUCUUUCUUUGCUAAUAUUUUUUGGGCAAAUUUUCUAUUUUAAUUGUAUGUAAUAAAUAUUUGAAGCACCUAUUGUUAGAGAUGUAUGAAACGGGAUUUGUGUAUUAAUUCGUUCUUCUUUGUUUUUGUAUUGUUUUAGUUAAAUCACAAAUAAAUAAAAAAUAUGAUAGUAAAUAUUAGGUUUAAUAUCAUGUAAGCAUAUUGGAUCAUUCACCAAAUGAUGACAUCAGUCUACACUUUUCGUACUCUCAAUCAAAUUAUGCACAUAACAAGAGUGAAGUAUGUAAUUUUAUUGUUAUUAUUAAAUUAAUUGAUAAUUUAUUUAGAACAAUAAAUUUUUCUUUAAGACGGUUAGUCCUGUUAAUUUUUGCAAGACAUGUCUCGAUCAAUGCGUGCGCAAUCAUAUUAUAUAACGAAACAGGUGGCGAUCAACACCUGUUUCGUUAUAUAAUAUGGUAAAUUAAUCGAUAUUUCGGAUAAAAAAUCUGAUUAAACAAAAUUGAAGCUCAAAUUAAUAGAAAUCAGUGAGCAACCUUAGUUAAACAAUAUGUAACUUUAUCAUCAAACAGUGAUUAAUGGCUGUGUUAAAUAAAAAGUAAAAAUAAUCAUAAAUAUUACAGCUAUGUUAACAAAAAAAAUUAUCUUAUAUACAAUAGACAAAUAGUUGAAUAUUAGAUCGAAUAGCACUAAGCUUUGUGUUCGACGCCCAUAACAAAGAUACACAAGAUGACUUUGUAUCACUUUUUCGUAUAACUCAAUAGAAGAUAUUUGUAUAAAACGUUUCCCCUUCGGAGCUCUGUGCCAAAUCUAUCUACUAUAUAAUUCCUUCGCUUAAUAUAAUAAAUGAUCGGCGCGUCUCCCGAUAGGCAUAUCGUGGAGUAGUGACGCGCGACUGUGAUGAGUGACUGUGACGCAUCACUGUGACGCGCCACUGUAACGCGUCUCUGUGACGCGCCAUUGUGACGCGGACUGACGCGCCACAGUGACGGGCGGCGGUGACAAUCGAUCACAGCGUCGAAGCCGCACUCGCAUAGUUUGGAAUGCACUCACUAUGUAGUUUCGGUAAAUUGUUUCUCGUCGCGAGUUCCACUUCGAAAGGUUUAUCAUAGGCUAGGUAAAUGACACUCGAAAUUUACCUCUUUGAUUUUUUAUAGUUUUAUCGAAUAAAAAUAUAUCUAUUCAUGUGUUGUCAUUACGUUGAUAAUAAAAUAGAUGAAUAAUGUUAAUGUUUUUUCUUAAUGUUGCAUAAAACAUUAUUGUGAACGGCGUGAGUCAUUAUUUAAAAUAUUUUAUGUUUUCGUUGAUGCAGUUGAUUGUGACGUUCUUCUUGUAUUUUGUCAGUCAUUGCGUUCACUUGAAUCUUCAGAAUGUUUUAUUUAAAUGUUUAACAUCAACCAAAAUUGUUCCUUAAGUUUAUUGUAACAAAUGUUAUAUUGGCACAUAUCAUCAGUUACCAUCGUUUUCACGUCGUUCGAGUUGUCUCUGUUGAAUCCUAAUAAUCUUAAUGUUUUUUCAAUAAUUUACAGUUAUCUAUUAAAUAAUGUAAUUAUGUAUUUAUAGUACUACAAUAAUGUAAUAGAUGUGUUGAGAAUCGUGACUACAGUUUAUGUUAUCAGUGAAAUAGAAAUUAAUUUCAAUUAUUUUAUUGAACGAAAUAAAAAUCUGUUUAUUAAUAUACAUAUGUUAAAUUAAAAUAUUCGAAUUUAAUAAUUAUGAACUUAUACACCCCUUAUAGAUAAUGUUAUACUAAGAAAUUAUAAUUAAUGAAAUGAAUAUAACAAAUUCGUGUGAAGAUUGAAAUGGAGAGUGCGCUCAUUCUUGGCGAACGACAUUUCGUACUUCAAUGACGUUGAAAUAAAACGUAGGGAAAUGAAUGAAUAUUUAGAAAGACUUCUUGAAUAAAUACGAAAAUAAUUAAAUUUAUGUAUCGUAAGUAUUACACUUUUGAUUUACGUCGCAUUCAUUCACUUUAAUUAUAAAAUUAUCUUAAACGUUAUUUGUUUUUUAAAUUUAAUCCUGUCUUACCAAAGAAAGCAUGGUCGGACUGCUUCACAUUAUUUGAACGGAUUUCACAAUAAGAUUUGAAACACUUUCAUACACUACACAGUUCAUAUCUCAAAAAAAAUAGACACAUUGCGUUUUACAAACCUGACAAGUACUCCAACGGACAAUCCGAUAAGUUUCAUUUAAAAUUUUAUUUUCAUAUCCACCAAACGUAAGUAAACUCAAUAUUAUUAAUAAUUAUGAACGUACUGAAAUCCUAUUAAUUAAACCUUUGCAUUAUUAUAUACCUCUUCGUUACCGAUGACUGUUUCUUUAAAAACCUAAAUUAAAAGUGCCUUCAUGUUUUAGUAUGUAGUGUAUCGAAGUGUUAUUAUUGGUAAAAGUAGAAUUGACUUGCGAAGCAGUCUGUCGGUGGACGUUAUAGCACGUAUAAUUGUUUUGCGUUGAGUUCAUUGUCACUUCCAACGACGACGAUAUAAUUUUUAUCCUUAUUGCUAUUUAUUACAAUAAAUUUUAUGUAAUUCAUAAAUACGGUUCGUUUGUUACACGUAUGGGAAUUAAUUUUUAUUGCUUAUAAAAUAAAAUAAAAUAAAACCAUAACUAUUAAUAA